GGGUUGGAAAGAAAGAAAGAGAGAGAGAGAUAUAGAAAGAAAGAGAGAGAGAGAAAGAGACGAGCUGUAAUCACAUGGGGUUUGUUUACAUGAUGCUUUGAUGGGACCUCCCUUCUUCAUCCUCCUCCCGACAAUUAUGAGCUGAAAGUCAUCUUCUUUGUCAAAAAGGAAAGAUUCUUCUCCAUCCCUCUACAUUUCUCGCCGGGAAAUCCAUGGCCGAACACGAUAAGGCUAUAUCCGCCCCUGUUGCGGAUGGAAAUGAUGCAGUUACUGGACACAUAAUCUCCACAACCAUUGGUGGAAAAAAUGGAGAACCUAAACAGACCAUUAGUUACAUGGCAGAACGUGUUGUUGGAACAGGAUCUUUUGGGGUAGUGUUUCAGGCGAAAUGCUUGGAAACUGGGGAGACAGUAGCGAUAAAGAAAGUAUUGCAAGAUAGAAGAUAUAAAAACCGCGAGCUGCAACUCAUGCGCACGAUGGACCAUCCAAAUGUUGUGGGUCUAAAACACUGCUUCUUCUCCACUACAAGUAACAACGAGCUUUUCCUCAACUUGGUGAUGGAAUAUGUUCCUGAAAGCAUGUAUCGAGUUUCUAAGCAUUACAGCAAUCUGAACCAGAGGAUGCCUCUUGUCUAUGUCAAACUUUAUACUUAUCAAAUCUUUAGAGGGCUGGCUUAUAUGCACAAUGUCCCUGGAGUAUGCCACAGAGACUUGAAACCACAAAAUGUUUUGGUUGAUCCUCUAACCCACCAGGUCAAAAUCUGCGAUUUUGGAAGUGCAAAGAUGCUUGUGAAGGGUGAAGCGAACAUAUCAUACAUAUGCUCGCGUUACUAUCGAGCUCCCGAACUUAUUUUUGGCGCGACUGAAUACACAACCUCCAUUGACAUAUGGUCUGCUGGAUGUGUUCUUGCUGAGCUCCUCUUGGGACAGCCUCUAUUCCCGGGAGAAAAUGCAGUGGACCAGCUUGUAGAAAUAAUUAAGGUGCUUGGGACGCCGACUCGUGAAGAGAUUCGCUGUAUGAAUCCAAAUUACUCAGAUUUCAGGUUUCCACAGAUAAAGGCUCAUCCCUGGCAUAAAAUUUUCCAUAAACGAAUGCCUUCUGAAGCCAUUGAUCUUGCUUCACGUCUACUCCAAUACUCUCCAAGUCUUCGCUGCACUGCACUAGAGGCAUGUGCACAUCCAUUUUUUGAUGAGCUUCGAGAACCCAAUGUCCGUCUUCCCAAUGGUCGCCAAUUGCCUCCUCUCUUCAACUUUAAACAAGAGUUAGCUGGGGCUUCUCUGGAGCUUGUGAACAAGUUGAUCCCCGAGCAUGUAAGAAGGCAAAUGGGUCUCAACUUUCUGCAUCCAUCAGUCACAUAAAAUGAAGAUAGGACAUAAAUGAAGAAUCAAGAUCUGUGGAAAUAUUUAUCUGAGCAAAGUCAGAUGCAUCAUUCAUUGCAUUGAGAAAACCCCCCAGCACUGUAAGCGACCGCACUUCACCUGAGUACCCUUUUUUUUCCUUCUUUUUUUCACUGUUCCCAUUGGCCGACCUCCUAAAAGCAAAGCGGUGGGGGCUGGUUGGAAGACAUGCUUGUAUAUGUUUAGUAUAUAAUCUUAAAAAAUACAAAAAAAAAAAAAACUAGAGGUUUUUGUCCAAAUGGUGGAGGGAGAGAAAAUCAAUGCAAUGAAUGGUGGAACUUGGUUAGGAUUGGGGGAGAAGAGAAUGGGAUUGGGGUGUUCCUGUUAUUAUAUUUUUAAGAAGUUUAUUGAUAUGCUUAAUUACUUACUCUACUACUUAUAAUGUUUGUUUUAGCUUUGUAUUGUUCCAUAAAAAUAUGUUAUUCCAACUCUUUGUAUACUGCACCCCUAUGCAAAGCUUUAGUAACCUUUUUUUGGUAUUUGAUUGCGGCGAAUAAUCCAUAUUGAUUUCUAAGAUUGUGUUAUAAACACUAUA